ACUCUCACUCACUCCUUCCACUUUCCGACAAGUCAGAUAAAUGGCAUUUUCCCGGAAAAUAACCGACGGCAAGAUAGCCACCUCAACCACCGUAACUAAGAAGCCCGAUGUUUCAGCUCCGCGGCCGAACUGCUGCGUCACGUGCCUUGCGAGACUUAUCAGAAAACUGAAGAGAAAGGGGAGGUUGCUAGUCAUGUCGGCAACAGCUGCACGUAGACAGGCGAGUUCGCUGCAAUGUCGGUACGAUCCAAUGAGCUAUUCACUGAACUUCGACGGUGGCGCGUGUGGUACGCUUCCCGAUGAUGAAGAUUAUUAUUUCCGGUUCUAUGCGUUUUCCUCAAGAUACGUUACUAAUAAUACUAUCAAGACUAGACCACCAUUUCCUCGUGAAAUCCUCUCUACCUCUCCACAUGAAUUCGCGUAAACUUAUUUGUCGCUCACUCGUUUGACCUUUUUCCCCAACAAAAAGACUAGUUAAACUAAUUUUGUAUUUGGUAUUUUAGUUCGUAGAUUUGAAUCAGUAUUUUUAUUGAUUAAUUGUAAUUCUAUAUAUAUACAUAUCAA